UUGCCUAGGGCAGCACAAAACCAGUGGCGGACUGAUGAUUUGGAAACUCGGGCACUGCCCAAGGGCCCGGGGUCAUUAGGGGGGCCCAUGAGAUGCCCCUGGUACCUUUUUCAUAGUCUUUUUUGAGUUUGGGCAAGGACACAGGGGCCCCAUGAUCCCCUAUUGCCCGGGGGCCCCAUGAGUUGUCAGUCCGCCCCUGCACAAAACCUAAAUGCACCACUGGGAUGUCAUGUUCUGUACUAAGCAUUGGAGCCAUUUCUCAACAACUGUCUGUCUGAUC